GGCGAAGCGGCAGCGCAGCCCCGGCCAUCCCAGUGCGGUGCUGCCGCCCGCCCCUUUCCCGCGCCCGCCCCGCCCCGCCCCGCCCGCCAUGUUCCGGCGGGAGCGCGGGGCGCAUGGAGCAUGCAGGGCGCAGAGCACUCCGGGCAGUGGGUGCUCAUUGCACCAGAGGCUGCUAUUGACCCCCCUAAGACAUCUGACAGUGAACCCGUGUUUACAAAGCUGCGCAAUCCAAGCACAGGGGAAGCAACCCUUUACUUAUUCAAUAGUGGUGCUCAGCAGCUGUUUGAAGUAAAAGCUUUUCAAGAGGAGCGUCGUUCCUGGUUUAUAGGUCAGACUGUUCAACAAGAUGGGCGCUUGCUGUUUGUUACACCAAUGGACCCCUUAUUUCUGAUACUUUACUACCUCAUAAAGGCAGACAAGGAGCAGCAAGGAAAGUUCCAGCCACUUGAUCAAGUUGUGCUAGACCCAGAAUACCCUAGCUGCCCAUUACUGCUGAAGUGUGCGAAUGUUAAACAGUACAUACAGCACAUAACAGAAGAAAAAGAGAUUGGCAGUCAGAAAUUCCAUAAAUACAGCCAAGAGAAGACACUGAAGUGGUUAAAGAAAAAGGUUAAUCAAACAGUGAAAGCACUUAAAAGCAACAAUAUAUCAGUAGGUGAAAGGGUACUUGCAAGUACAUUUGUCAGCAGUAAACAGAUCACAGAUACUAAAGAAGACUACGUACGGUAUGCCCAUGGGUUAAUAUCAGAAUAUAUUCCUGAAGAUCUGAGUAAGGAAUUGUUAAAAUACUUAGGGCUCCCAGAACUCAGAAACCCAGCACCAGAGCCACCAUUGAAGAAAAGGAAAUUGUCAGAUGUCCCUGUGGAACCAGAAGAAGACUAUACUAAACUCAACAGCGACAACCUGAAAACCAAAAAGGCAAAUACCAAGCUGUCUGCAGCACAGAAGGCUCUGGCCAAAGUUGAUAAGAGUGGAAUGAAAUCCAUUUCUACCUUCUUCAGCUCCAAACCUAAAUCAUCAAAAUAAAGACUUGUUCUUGAAAGAGUUUAAUACAGUGGUUAUUUUUAUGUUAAGUUAAAGAUGUCUCCUGGGGCUUUUUGUUACUAUAGUGUAUGCAGGGUAUGUCUGGUUACAUGGUGGAGUGUGAUGAAGAGGCAGCAUGACACAGAGCUCUUGUGCCUUAGUGGGGCAAGGCAUGCAGAUAUUCCAGCCUGGGUGGAAUUCCAUCGGGAAGAUGGUCUAGCUGCUUCAACAUGGUGAGCUGAGAAGCAAAGCUUAGCGUGGUGCCAUACUUCUUCUAGAGCAAGCCCAGUCAAGGCCACCAGAGAGUUUUCUCCAUCACACUUCAUGCUGGGCUGAAAACGUGCCCUCCUUUGAUGAGUUCUUUUAUUCAUAAGGAGCAUUAUUUUUUGAGAUUUUCUGAAGUUUUUUACCCAGUAUUACACCAGAGUGGGAUGGCAUUGUUACAUUUUUAUUUUGACACAAAUCUAACUGCUGAUGUAAUGCUGAUGCAUUGUCAUUGGUGGCAAUUUAUCGAGGCAAAGAUAUUGUCUGUGUUGGGAUUUGGGAUGUUUUCAAUAUGCUAGAAACUAAUUGCAAUAAAUGUCAAUGUACAUGUAAUGCAAUAAAGUGCUUUGUGUAACAAA